AUGUCAGAAUUUGAAAGUCAUGUUACCGUACAAAAACGAGCGGGUUAUUCCCCUCCAUGGGUUGAUGUAAGCAUCAUCGCUAUAGCCGGAAGCUCAGGAUCCGGAAAAUCUACGCUUUCUCAAGCCAUCGUGCAAAAGUUAAAUUUGCCUUGGGUCGUCAUUUUAUCCAUGGACUCCUUCUAUAAAACCUUGACACCCGAGCAGUCGAAGCUGGCUUUCGCUAAUGAGUACGACUUCGAUUCUCCGGAGGCCAUUGAUUUUGAUGUUUUGAUUGACCGCGUGCGGGAUUUGAAAGCUGGAAAAAGGGCCGAAAUACCAACCUAUUCGUUCCAAGAGCAUCAGCGAUUGGAAAAAACCGAGACAAUUUAUUCCCCACAUGUUUUAAUUUUGGAAGGCAUUUUCGCGUUACAUGAUCCUCGGGUAACAGAUUUAAUUGAUAUAGGGAUUUAUUGUGAGGCAGAUGCUGAUACGUGUUUGUCGAGGCGAAUGAUUCGUGAUGUGCAGGAAAGGGGAAGAGAUAUUGAAGGCUGUAAUAAGCAAUGGUUCUCGUUUGUGAAGCCAAACUUCGAAAAGUACGUUAAGCCUCAACGGAAGGUAGCAGAUCUAAUCGUUCCAACCGAUAUCAAAACUCGAGUGGCACUUGAUAUAAUGGCUCUUUUUAUCGAAAACAAACUUAUUGAGAAAUCAACUCAUCAUCGUGAAGCCCUGUCCAGGCUUGAAGCAACCUGCAGAGGACAACCUCUGUCAAAACGUGUUAUUAGGCUGGACGACACUCCACAAUUGAAAUCAAUGAAUACUAUCCUCCAGGAUAUUAACACAUCCGCUGAGGAUUUUAUCUUCUAUUUCGAUCGCUUAGCUGCGCUUAUUAUUGAGCAGGCUCUUAAUAACGUUCAGUUCAUACCCGUGAUAAUUGGGACACCACAGGGACACGAGUACCGAGGACUCAAGCCUAAAGGUGAAGUGAGCGCAGUCAUUGUGCAACGUGGUGGAUCUGCCUUUAAGACAGCGCUGCGAAAAACUAUCCCUGACUGUCGGACUGGGCAGCUCCUCAUUCAAUCCGACUUUUCCACGGGUGAGCCAGAGCUGCACUAUUUAGACCUACCCAAAGAUAUCGAUACGCAUGAAAGCGUUUUACUACUAGAUACUCAAAUGGCAAGCGGUGGUGCGGCCCUUAUGGCGGUUCAGGUACUACUUGAUCAUGGGGUGUGCUUGGACCGCAUUGUCCUGGCAACUUACUCGGCAGGAAGAAAUGGACUUCAUAGACUGACAACGGUUUUCCCCGAAAUCACCGUUGUAGUGUGCAACAUACUCGAAGAUCAGGAAUCCCGUUGGGUCGAAAAGAGGUAUUUCCUAUGUUGA